CGCAAAAACGAAACCAAAACAAUACCCUGCCCUUGGUUUCGUUUUAAAAUAAUAGAAACCCUGGCUGCAGUGAGACGCAGUCUACGACAACAGUCGUUGCUGAUGGAGUCUGACCAUGGAUGAAGAGGCUGACCCUGACACCCUAAAUGUGAACUCCGUCUUGGCUCAGGAAUCCUCAGAACUGUUCCAAGUCCUAAAAAGUCAGUCACCCGCAAUCCUAAUAAAGUUGUGCCAAAUAAUGCCUAGUGAUGCUCGUCGGAACAUCAACAUGGACCCUAGUAGCUGUUCUGCAGCAGCAGUAACCGAACAUAUCAAAGUCAUGUUGGAGUACUUCAGGGUGGCCAACCAUGCAGAUUGCUGCAACUUCCUUCAGAGCAUGUGUAUCUUAUGUGAGGGCAUCCCCAUGCGCCUGGAGUCGAGGCUUAUGUCAGUGGCUGGAUAUGCAAAUAAUGUUUCCGAAAAUUCCAGUCCCUGUGGAACAGAUGGGAAGUCAUCAUCCCCGCCUUCAGAGCAGCAGCUCAUCAAACGGCCACGUAUUGAUCACUGGGAGCAGUACAUUGCUGCAGUGAUGCGUUUACUGCAGAGGAGGUGGGAGCGACUCAGUGAGCACCUGGCGAGGGACGUCCAGCCUGAGAAUGUGUGGGUCAGACUAAGAACAGCGAACAGAGGCAGGGACAGACCUGAUCAAACCCCUGGAUCAGCAGACAAAGGGGGCAGAACACCAGAGCCUGAUGGAGAUUAUGGGUACAUGGAUUCCAGAGUGACAUUGGAGACCUUCCUCCAGGGAUGUGCAGGGAAGGUGACAGUUCUCGUUGGCCAGGCUGGAUCAGGAAAAACUCUGCUGAUGUCUUGUUUAGGACAGCAUUGGGCACAUGGACUAGGUCCUAUCCCUUCAUCCUACCUGUUUGUCCUGCAAGAGUUUCGUCAGCUCAACGUACUGUCCCACCCUCUCUCCCUGUCUGAGCUGCUAUUCCGACACUACCUCCCUCUGGAAGGCGGCAACGACGAAAAGAGAGCCAUUGUGGAUUACCUACUUUCCAAUCCAGAGCAAAGCUGUUGGGUGCUGGAUGGCUAUGAAGAGUUUCACAGCAAACUCACCAGACAAGAGGUGCAGAGAGAGCUUUUGGACCCAGAACAGCCUCUGCCUGUUGCAGACCUCAUCUCAGGGCUGUUAAAUCGCCAUCUUCUUCCAGGAUGUACUGUGGUGGUCACCUGUCGUGCACGCGAUGUCAUGGAUUUUGAAGGCAUAUCGGAUAAAGUUGGGCAGCUGCAAGGGUGGGACUGCCACGAGAUCAAGGAGUAUGUGGACAACUUCUUUCAAAUUAAAGGUCACUCAGCUAACAAAGCUGUUGGGAUGCAGGCAGCAGAUCUCCUUCUUUCCAGUCGACACCUGCUUGCCAUGUCAUCCCUCCCUGCACUCUGCAACAUCUGCUGCAUCUGUCUGGAGCAUUUACUGCUGAAAGGGGGAGACCCGAGAGCGACGCAGAUACUAGAAGAAACAGGAAGUGAGAGGAGGAGAAAAGCGAGAGAAAAAGAAGAAAAAGGAGUACAGAUUGCAGGAGGAGGAAGAGGAGAAGAGGGCAGUAUAGGAGGGAGUUAUGCACAAAGCAGAGAUCAAGGGCGAAGGAGAACGAGGGGUGAAGACAUAAUGAUGGACGGCACAAAUGGUAGAGGCCAGAUACCUUCCACACAAGCCCAGAUACCCUCCACCCUCACCCAGGUCUACCUCACUAUUCUUAGUGCCUUUCUGAGCCGUGACCCUAGUACAAGAGGAGGCAAUGACGAGCCAAAGACCACACCACAGAGUUUUGUGUGUGAGUUGAGUCAGCUGGCCUGGAAAGGCUUAGAGGACAGCAAGAUCCUCUUCAUGGAAGAAGACAUCUCUCAGGAUGUUUUGGAUUUUUCAAUCAGGACAGGGCUCCUCGCACAGGUGGAGCUCAGACGUGAGGAUGGGAUUCUUGUCAACUUCUACCGCUUCAUUCAUCUGACAAUACAGGAGUUUUUGGCUGCCCUCAGAAUCAUGACCAGUACUGAUGUUAGUGACAUGCAGCUCAAGAAGAGAUUCAGUCUGAGAACUCGUUGGACAACCAAGUCAGACCAGAGGACGGUCUUUACUGACUCUCUUCACCUGUAUGUAUGUGGUCUGGCUUCCCCCAGCUGCACUCGAGCCUUGGUUCAAUUAGCCAGGACCUCUGGUGGAACAGGAGGCCAAAGUUGGGUCCAAAAACGACAAACCCUCGUUCUGAAAUUACUAAAAAACUUUUGUCACAGUAACACCCUAACUGGACCAAAGAUAUUGGAUCUUUGCCACUGUGUCCAGGAGAGCCAGGACAACGAACUAGCUAAGCAGGUUGUGGGUACGAGACCCACCCUGGAGCUGCGCAACAUCACGCUAUUACCUAAUGAUAUUGAUGCUCUGGCUUUUGUAGUUAACUCCGUAGGUGAUAAUGGCAUUGGAUUGGACUUUGGAGCAUGCUCAAUGGAGUUGGAGUGUUUAGAUGUCCUGCCCAGUUGUCAGUUCAUUCACUACCUCAGUUUUCGCAGCCGCAAGUAUGGCGACAAGUUUGCUGAGAAGUUGUCCUCCAUUCUGCCAAAAUUCCCAACGCUGAAAAAACUAGAGUUUUGUGGUGCCAGUCUGACUACCACAGGAGCAGCUAGUUUGGCCUCCGCUCUACAGAACUGUCCAAACAUCACAGAAAUCAAUCUGAGUGACAACAAUCUGAAAGACGGAGGAAUCAAACACAUAGCUGAUACUUUUACCAAACAAUCAAGACUGGUCCUGGUAAAGCUGGGUCAAAACAACAGCUCUCUGGAAGCAGUGGACUAUCUCAUUUGGAAAAUGUCUUCAUGUUUGAACAUCCAGCACCUUAAUGCAGAUGGGAAGAAGGAAUUGACUGUAACUUUCUUCCAAAACUCUGAUUUGAACCGCCAUAUAACUAAAUCUGAGCCAACAAUCAGCUUGUUGAACCAGACAUGGAGCAAGCCUAAGAUGCAAAAACUUGCAAAGUCACUGGCACGUUGCCCCGCCUUGUCAGUCCUGGAUCUGUCCAGUAACUGUUUAGGCAACAAAGGAUUGAAGAAACUGUUGGACAUCCUGCCUUGUCUUAGUAACAUCCAGGAAGUAAACGCCAGUAACAAUGGCAUUGGCAUGGAAGGAGCGGUAAUGCUGGCUGGUGCAUUGUGUUCCCAUAACAACUUAACACAAAUUCACAUCAGCCAUGGAGAAAGAGAGCAGGUGAUUCUGAAGUUCGGCCCUGACGAAAGGGAUGACAAACAGCAGCUAAAAAUGUUCAGGAUAAACAACAGCAGCCUCACGCCAUCGGACACAACCCAAAUCUGUGGACGACUGGUCCAGUGUCGCUCCCAAUUUGAGUUAGAUUUGUCUCACAGCUCAUUGCCAGACGAGGCUAUUGAGAAUCUGGUGAAGGUCCUGCCGAAGAUGGCAUCACUGCAGAGACUCAAUGUCAGCCACAGCAUCACAUCCACAGCUGGAGCCCUGAUGUUGGUCAGAUGUUUGACUGUCAGUCAGCGAGUCACAUCAGUGGAGAUCACGCCUCCGAUUGAAUCCUUCAUUCAUUUUGACAGUGUGAAAACUGAACAAGCCAGAUGCAGGUUAACUCAUUGUAGCCUGAACGGUGAAAACUUGGAAAGGCUGCUCGAGAUCCUACAGCAGGGUCCCCAACUGUCUGACCUGAAUUUAUCGAGCAAUCAACUGGAAGAUGAAGGAGUGAAGUGUUUUCUGGAUUCUCUACAAAAGCUCAAAAUCACCAGAUAUGUGAAUUUGAGCAACAACGGUCUGAGCCAGCGGGGGCUGUUGGAUGUGGCCAGCACACUGUGCACCUGUAACAACGUCUCCAGUGUCGAAGUCAGUUUGGGAGCAGAGGAGAGGUGUCUCAUCUGGUUUACACAAUGUGAAGGUUGUGUAAAAACACUGAGUGUCAGCGAGAGCAGUUUGGAACAUGACCAUCUGGUCAGAUUAGCAGAGAUCAUGUCUACCUGUACCAGUCUGACCAAACUGGAAUUCAAGAACAAUUUGCUGCAGUCGGAUUGGAUUGAAGGCUUUGUGAAACUGUUAAACAGCAGUCAGAGGGGAUUCAGUGUCAGACCCUCCUUCGGAGCGCUGUGGAGGAAGGUCUGGCAAAGCGAGACUAGUAUUGAGGAACAGUGGAUCAGAUCUGAGAAAGCUGUUAGUUUGGUGUGUCGCUGUCUGGACCUCAGCAGCAACAUACACACUAUCAGGGUUCACCACAACACUCUACACCUGUCUUUGAUGAAGUCCACUGAACUGACCUCAGUCAGCCUCGUGGACUGUGCAGUAGAGGGGUACCAGCUUGCAUCUAUGAAGAGCAUCAUCUCGAGGUGUCCUUUACUGACAGAGCUGGACUUCUCCCACAACAGCCUGGGUGUAGAGGGAGCCGAGUUCCUCUGUUCUGUCCUGCCCUCGCUGCCAAAUCUCACUUGUCUCAGUAUUGGUUCCAAAGAGGCUUGUGUGACGGUGGUUGAGAAGCUCUCAGAGGCCUUGCUGCAGGCUGCAGGCAUUCAGUGCUUAAAUCUAUCGGGUCAUGUGAUUAGUGACACAGCAGCCCAGAUUAUGACCCAAAUGUGGCCCCAACUAAAAUCACUCAAUCUGUCUCAUUGUGAGUGGUCAGCUGCUGCAGGGCUGCAGCUCGUCACAGCACUGCAAGUGUGUGUCAGUCUGGAAGGCCUUUGUCUGGACUCCCUACAGCUGAAUGCGGAGAGCAGUGUGUGCCUGGGACAAUCACUAAGGAAUAUCAACUCUAUACGCAGUCUCAAGCUAAAUAAGAUUUUUACAGUGAUGGGCCCGUCAGAAGCAAACGGUGUGCUAGAUCUCCUAAAUGCUAUGGAGGGACUCACACGAAUGGAGGAGAUCGAGCUGGAGAGCUGGAGGAUGGGUGAUAGAGGAAUAGAGCAGCUGACCAGACUCCUUCCUAUGUGGACGGAACUCAGGAAGAUCAGUCUAUCGAAGAACCUUAUCAGCGACCAAUCAGGAGACAAGCUACUUGAGGCUUUGAAGAGCUGUAGUCACCUGGAAGAGCUCCGUCUGUCUAGUAACAGUCUCGGGGAUCUCACUGCUGCCAGGAUGGCCCUGGUUCUACCGUCACUGACGCGCAUCACUGUGUUGGAUAUUUCAGAGAACAGGAUUGGAUAUGAAGGGUCAGUGAGUCUGUCCAAAGCAAUAACGUGCAUGAAGAACCUCACCAAGAUUCAUCUGACCUCAAUUGGGACUUCAGAGCUGUGUGCUGUAGCUGCCAGUCUGACCCACUGUCCCCUCAUACAGGAUGUGGGUCUGGGAUGGAAUAAUUGUGGUGAUUACGUGGCAGUGGAGCUGGCCAGAGUUAUGCCUCUCUGUCAGAAGCUGAACAGAAUAGAUCUGGAGUCAAACACUGUGAGUGUUUUUGGAGCGGAGGCCCUGGUUAGAGCCUUACAGUCGUGUCCUGCUCUGCAGCUCAUCAGGCUGUGGAGGAACAAAGUCUCCCCCAGUGAGGCCCAGAGGCUCAGUCUGAGGGACAGGAGGCUGAAUUUCUCAUCCACCUAAUGUGAUCCAUAGUAUCCGAAGUAACAUUCCAGUUCAUCAGAAUGUGCUACAGCUCUACAGAGAUCAACCACUGCUACAGCCAGUGUUGGAAAUUAAGCGGAGCAAAGGGCAAAAACAGCUUUUUUUUCAAACUCUUGCCCAAAUUGUUUAGAGAGGUAAAAGUUGCUCCAGUAGGAUCUCCAUGUAACAACAAGAGCCUCUCUAGGGAACAAUGUGAUUUAGUACAGCUGUACUGUUGAAUUUCUUUAAAGUGGCUAUAUGUAACUUUCAGUUUGUGUUGAUUCUAGCGGCUGCUUUGGACAAAAACUGUAGUGUUUUUACCACACCUGCGGUCGUAAAGGUCUUUUCUUUACGGUGCCCACUGUAGAUUACCGAGUUAGCGUUACGGGGAGGUCAUAUAGUUGCGAUGAAUGUUUUGCUCAGACAGUAUCACUGUCACUGUGUCACGAGCCAAAGCAUUAAGAGAUUGGUGUAGCAACCAACGUAGUAAUGACUUAGAUUCAUUUCAUGACACCCACGGAUGCUUUACACAGAUACAGGGGGACAAGGGAAAAGAAAAUAGUAAAAGGGGAAACCUCCGCGCUAAAUGGAAGGGGAACGUAAUUAUAUGUCAGCUACUGACGUACAACCACAUUGAGUAUUGUUAAGUUAUUUUAUGAAUGAAAUAGACAUAUUACAUACCUAAGGGGCAAUUUGGGGUGGGUUUGGAAUCAUUUACAAUCCUGUAAUUGUCUAAAUCUGUUGAUAGAAUGUGUGAGUGUAGCGCUGUCUUACUAAAAACAUAUAAAAUGGGGUUCUUUUCUCUGUUAGUCUCGUUUGCUGUCAUUUAAGACCAUUGUAUGAAAAAUGACAGAGCUUUAGAAACAUAAAAAAGUUACAUAUAGUCACUUUAAGGUAUUAUUUUUUUUUUAAAGAAAUAUAUGACUAUGCACUUAUUGGCCUCUAGUUUUACAAUGGUAAACUGGCGUAAACAGCUGACAGUGGGGCGGGGGACACAAAAUGUCAGAAACUCACCGAGGAUGACUCAAAAGAUGAAGUGGGAUAAGCACAGGACGUAGAGUAAAAAUGCAAUACGCACAACAGAGAAAAAUUACUUUGGGAAUAUUAAAAAAAUUAAUGAAAUAAGCAUCAAAAAUGAUCUUACAGAAAAUAAUGUAAUCAAUAAAAUAAAAUUGUGAGUCAGUAAACCUAAAGGUCCCAAUAGGGAUAUUAUAAGAAUGUUAUACAGGGCUUACAUUGAUAGAAAUAAGUGAACUAGUGCUCCAGAAAAUUCACUUUUUCAUUUGUUUAAUUGAUAUAGCACUUGUUAAUAGUGUUUCCCAGCAGCACAUUGCUUUGCUUCUAACCAAACAAAAAAAUGGCUUAAAGUUUAUUUGUAUGCAGUUUUUCCUUUAGGAUUUUUUUUAGCAGUGGGGGCAGGUCUGUCCGAACAACAUUUUUUUUUUGGAUCAGCUCCAACUUUUUCGGUCUCGUUACUACCGGCUCUGCGCAUACCGUACUAUCACUGCUCUAUCCCACACCGCCGUGAACCUAGAGGCCAAGAGGUAAAACAUUCUUUGGUUUCCAGUAAGUUUAAUGUGAGAAAAUACUUCCUAUAUUCAACGCUGAUACACUGAGUCACUUUGCACCGUAAUGUGUUUACAAUAAUUAGAGGCCACAUUAGUGAAAACACAAUAAAUCAUAAACUGACAGUAAAGGAAGAGUUGAAAUGAGGAACCACCCCUCUCUGUUAUCUGCUCUUAUGGUCAUUAUAGGUUGUGGUCUCUAUCCAAUUUGCAUAUUGAUUUCUGCUGUUUUCAUGGAAAGCUAUUUAGUUAGCUAAAACUGAAUUUCAAAUUUUGUGAGUGAGUGAAUUAUAGAUGAUACUAUUUAUAUUGAACAAGAAGUGUGAAGAACCUUAAAUUUUGAGAAUAACAGAUUCUAGUUUCUUGUGCUGAUAAUGCUACAAUGAUGCUCUUAAUGAGCUAUUCUGAGACUAAAUCACCAUAUUUCCUCACCCAUUCUUCUACGUGUUGUUAGUGUAUUAAGCUUUUCCUUUUUAUUCAGUUUCAUUAUGAUGUUUUUUAAAUUUUUUAUUCAAACUUUAUUUAAAGGUUGUCUACAAAGACACUGGAUUUUAAUGAGCACACACAGGGAUGCCCUGUGGUACUGUAGCUCAUCUGUUAGAAGGGUUUUUUCCCUUCUAAAGGUUAGACUCCUUGCCAUUAAUUUAUUCUAUGACUUGCUCUAAAAUGUACUUGAGAUUAAAAAAGAAAAAAGCCUUGA